AAAGUGUCAUUUUCUUUGUUAUAUUUAAAAAAAAAUUAUUGCGUUCCACAUUUAUUUCAUCAACAUAAACCUAGAUGACCAUGUUUUUGGAGAGAUUAUACCUACAUUGGAUACGAUCAACUUAUUAUUUUUAACAAAAAGCUAAAACACCAGAAUGACAAUGCAGAAUUAUUCAACAUUACAAGACACAGCUCAUGAUCAAGAUGAACAAGGCAUAGUUUUUCAUGUUGCUGAACCUACCAGAUCAAAAUGGAAUCACAUAGAAGAUCUCGAUUCAUUUUUUACUAGAAUGUACAAGUAUCAUCAGCGGCAUGGUUUCAUGUGUAUAAUGUUAGAGGAACUCUCUGGACUAGGAAAAUUCAUUUUUGUUGUCACAUUAACAGUCUACCUCUUCCACGGAAUUAACUAUUCAGUUUUAUUCGGAUGGGAAGAAGUCCGAAACCAUACAAAAGUGACUCUAGAUGAAAUUAUUUAUCCUGUGGGCCAAACCGUUGGUAAUUUUAGUUAUUUCACUUGGUUUCUAGUUAUUAUUGCAAUAGCUUUUUUACUUUUUAUGCUUGUAUUGAGAUUUUACCAAACUUUCCAUUUUUGGGACAUUAAACAAUUUUACAACACUGCCUUAAAAGUAAACGACGAUGAACUAGAUAAUUUAACUUGGUGUGAUAUAAUUGCAAAAAUUAAAGAUGUACAAAUAGAGCAGCAAAUGUGUAUCCACAAAAGAGAGCUCACAGAGUUAGAUAUUUAUCAUAGGAUAUUGAGACAAGAAAACUAUAUGGUAGCUAUGGUCAAUAAACAUUUGUUGCCACCAAGACUGAAUAUACCUUUUGUGGGCGAAGUAGUUUUUUGGACUAAAACAUUAAGGUACAACGUACAAGGCUUGUUAUUCAGAACUCCAUUCGAAAGCCCUUGGCAGCUACGAGAGGAGUACAAAAAGUAUCACAUGCGACAGAAGUUAGCAGAUGAACUACAGGUACACAUUCGUUGGUUGUUUUUGAUAAAUCUGAUGCUCGCGCCAGUUGUCUUUUUGUGGCUGGUUCUAUACACUUUUUACAGCUAUGGAGAACUAAUAAAACGUGAACCUGGUCGGAUGGGUAUGAGAAAUUGGUCACUCUAUUCCAAAUUGUAUUUUAGGCACUUUAAUGAACUAGAUCAUGAGCUUCAUGCCAGGUUGACCAGAUCGUACCGUCCAGCUUCGAAAUAUCUGGAGGCUUUCAGUAGUCCUAUCACCGCAAUAAUAGCCAGAUAUGUAGGAUUUAUUUGCGGUUCAUUGUUUAUUGUUUUAAUAGCACUAGCAUUGUAUGAUGAAGAUGUACUUGCUGUAGAACAUGUUUUAUCUGUAAUGACAGGAUUGGGAGGUAUUACGGCUAUCUGCAGAUCUUUGAUUCCUGAUGAAACGAUAGUUUGGUGUCCUGAACAACUAUUGGAAUGCGUAGUGGCGCAUACGCAUUAUUUACCAUCAGAUUGGAAAGGACAGGCUCACACAUCGCGGGUAAGAAAAAGUUUUCAGGAACUAUUCCAAAUGAGUGUCGUUGCGAUAUUCGAAAAUCUUAUAUCACCCAUAAUGACGCCUUUAAUACUGAUGACUUGGAUGUAUCCACGAUCUUUGGAGUUUGUGGACUUCUUUAGAAAUUUUACAGUAUCUGUGGUUGGUGUUGGAGACGUUUGUAGUUUUGCCGAGAUGGAUGUUAAGAAGCACGGCAAUCCAUUAUGGCAAGUCGAUCCUCAUUUCUAUCCUUCAUCAGUGAGUGCAGACGCCGAUCAAUAUUUGCAAGGAGAGGAUGGCAAAGUUGAAUUAUCGCUAAUCCAUUUCACUACGACUAAUCCCGCGUGGGUUCCUCCGCCAGAUGCACAAGACUUUAUCGAUUCUGUACAAGAAGAGGCUGGUCCCAAUCUAUUCGAUUCCGACUUGGAGUUCUACCCUACACAAGUACAUUUCGACGAACAGUUACCUAGAAAGUCUGUAAUGCGAACUAGAUCUCUAUUCCGAGGCGACAGAGAAGUACCGAGUACAACAGAUGUGGCUUAUCAACAAACAGCAAACCAAGACAUCAAAAGCCGAACAGAAAAGUCAGUCGUAUGGUUCGACAGCGAAACCAGUGCUGCUCCUAGUUUACGAAAAUCUGUAACUUGGCUAGAAGGACCUGACUUGGCGGCUUCUCUUAAUAUGAGAAAAAGUGCCAUAGCUCUGCAUUCGCGACGGACAAGAAAUAUAAGAUCUUAUGAAGAAACUACACCUUUGUUGUCAGCCACUAGGCGCCCUAGUCGAUGAGUAAUUUAAGCAUUGUACAUAUGAAAUUUUCGUAAAUAAAUAUUAUUUAUUGCCC